AAAUUUUUGUCACCAUUGAACUUUGCAUUCUUGUAUGUUGCUGUUUUCCUGGAAAAUAUCAUGUAAUUCAUCAAAGUUCUUGUAUAGUUACUGAUGAACUACAUCAUUCAAGGUUGGAUUUUGAUGAUCAAGUUGUGUACAUAAGUGUUGAUAGAGGAAUCCAUCAAGCAUUUUGCUUGGAGUGGUGUUGUAGUUGAUUAAUUGGUUUUGGUUCAAUGGCGGGGAACGAGUGGAUUAAUGGCUACUUGGAAGCAAUAUUGGAUAGCGGGGCGGUGACGAUUGCAGAGGACCAUAGGGCGGCGGCAGUGAGCUUGACAGACAGGGGCCAUUUCAACCCCACUAAGUAUUUUGUUGAAGAGGUGGUCACCGGUGUCGAUGAGACUGAUCUUCACCGCACAUGGCUUAAGGUGGUGGCUACAAGGAACUCUCGUGAGCGGAGCUCUCGCCUUGAGAACAUGUGCUGGAGAAUUUGGCACCUUGCUCGCAAGAAGAAGCAGUUGGAAUUGGAAGAUGCUCAAAGGCUGGCAAAUCGGAGAUGGGAGCAAGAAUUGGGAAGGAGGGAAGCCACUGAGGACAUGUCCGAAGACUUAUCAGAAGGGGAGAAGGGUGAUGUUGUGGGUGAAUUAACUCAGAGUGAAACACCGAAGAAAAAAUUGCAGAGAAACUUCUCCGAUCUCCCGGUGUGGUCUGAUGAUAACAAAGAAAAGAAAAUAUAUAUUGUUCUUAUCAGCUUGCAUGGUUUAGUUCGCGGGGAAAACAUGGAACUAGGCCGUGACUCAGACACAGGUGGCCAAGUGAAAUAUGUCGUCGAACUUGCUCGAGCUCUGUCAAUGAUGCCCGGGGUUUAUAGGGUGGAUCUCUUCACUAGACAGAUAACAUCUCCUGAUGUGGACUGGAGCUAUGGAGAACCAACAGAAAUGCUAACUUCAGGAUCAUAUGAUGCUGAAGGAAAUGAUGCUGGAGAAAGUGCCGGUGCUUAUAUUAUCCGCAUACCUUGCGGACCUAGGGACAAGUAUCUGCGAAAAGAAUUACUGUGGCCUUACCUUCAAGAGUUUGUCGACGGAGCAUUAUCUCACAUACUUAAUAUGUCAAGAGUGUUGGGGGAACAAAUUGGUGGAGGACAUCCUGUUUGGCCUUAUGUAAUUCAUGGGCAUUAUGCAGAUGCAGGGGAUGUCGCCGCACUUCUUUCAGGUGCUCUGAAUGUUCCAAUGGUUCUCACUGGGCACUCAUUAGGGAGGAAUAAAUUGGAGCAGCUUAUUAAACAGGGUCGACAGUCUAGGGAGGAUAUAAAUGCGACAUAUAAGAUAAUGCGACGAAUAGAAGCUGAAGAACUUUCUUUGGAUGCUUCUGAACUUGUUAUCACAAGCACAAGGCAAGAAAUCGAAGAACAAUGGGGUUUGUAUGAUGGUUUUGAUGUCAAGCUUGAGAAGGUGUUGAGAGCUCGUGCUAGACGGGGUGUCAGUUGUCAUGGUCGGUACAUGCCAAGGAUGGUGGUUAUCCCUCCGGGGAUGGAUUUCAGCAAUGUGGUAGUUCAGGAAGAUUCAAAUGAAGUAGACGGAGAAUUAACACAAAUCACAGGUGCCGAUGGAGCUUCUCCGAGGUCAGUGCCACCCAUCUGGCCUGAAGUGAUGCGUUUCUUUACGAAUCCCCAUAAGCCAAUGAUUUUGGCAUUGUCAAGACCCGAUCCAAAGAAGAACAUCACCACUCUCUUGAAAGCCUUCGGUGAAUGUCGUCCCCUCAGAGAACUCGCAAAUCUUGCAUUAAUAAUGGGAAACAGGGAUGAUAUAGAUGAGAUGUCAUCGGGCAAUGCUAGUGUCCUCACUACCGUUUUGAAAAUGAUUGAUAAGUAUGAUCUAUAUGGCCUUGUCGCUUACCCAAAGCAUCAUAAGCAAUCUGAUGUUCCAGAAAUUUAUCGGAUGGCAGCAAAAACAAAGGGAGUGUUCAUAAACCCAGCUUUAGUUGAGCCUUUCGGUCUCACUUUGAUUGAGGCUGCAGCACACGGACUUCCAAUGGUGGCAACGAGAAAUGGUGGUCCAGUUGACAUUCAUCGGGCAUUGAACAAUGGGUUGCUUGUUGAUCCACAUGAUCAAAAAGCAAUAGCUGAUGCACUGCUAAAACUUGUAUCGGAGAAAAACCUUUGGCAUGAAUGCCGGAAAAAUGGAUGGCGUAAUAUCAAUUUAUUCUCAUGGCCUGAGCACUGCAGGACAUAUCUUACAAGGGUGGCUGCAUGUAGAAUGAGGCACCCGCAGUGGCAAACUGACACCCCAAUGGACGACUUGGCGGUCGAGGAAUCACUCGGUGAUUCAUUAAAAGAUGUGCAAGAAUCGUCUCUCAGGUUAUCUGUCGAUGGAGAGAAGAACUCACUUGAUUUUUCUUUGGAUCACAAUCAAGAAGAAUUGGAGAAGGUGGUAGCGGAAAAAGGCGGUGACCCUGAGCUCCAAGAUCAAGUGAAACGGAUACUUAACAAAAUAAAGAAACAAGUACCUGAUGCACAAAGUGAAAAUAGAAACCAAAACCAAGAAAACUUGCCACCAAGCAUCAAUAAGUAUCCUCGUCUUAGAAGACGACGGAGACUAUUUGUUAUUGCCCUUGACUCAUAUGAUCCUAUGGGAAAACCAGAUAAGAAAAUGUUAAUGGUGAUACAGGAAGUUUUCAAGGCAAUUCGAUCGGAUGAUCAGAUGUCGAGAAUUUCAGGCUUCGCUCUAUCCACGGCUAUGCCGAUAUCAGAGACAUUAGAGUUACUGAAAUUGGGGAAGAUACAGGUUACCGAUUUUGAUGCAUUAAUAUGCAGUAGUGGUAGUGAAGUGUAUUAUCCAGGUACUUUGCAAUGCACUGAUUCAGCUGGAAAAUUCUGCGCUGAUCCAGAUUAUGCAACACAUAUAGAAUACCGGUGGGGUUAUGACGGUGUUAAGAGAACCAUAGCAAAACUAAUGAACUCUCAGGAUUGUUCUGUUGAGGAGGAUUUAAAAUCAUGCAAUGCUUAUUGUGUUUCAUUCUUGGUCAAAGACCAUUCAAAGGCAAAACAAGUUGAUGAUUUACGACAGAAGCUGAGAAUGCGGGGGCUUCGAUGCCAUUUGAUGUACUGCAGGAACUCAACAAGGUUGCAAGUCAUCCCACUUCUUGCAUCUCGGUCCCAAGCACUCAGGUACUUAUUUGUCCGAUGGGGUCUUAGUCUUACAAACAUGUAUGUAAUUCUCGGCGAUAGAGGUGAUACAGAUUAUGAGGAACUUAUAUCGGGAUCUCACAAGACGGUGAUCAUGAAAGGUAUCAUUGAAAAAGGAUCGGAAGGAUUGUUAAGGACUUCAGGGAGCUACCAAAAGGAAGACAUUAUUCCCGACGAGAGUCCCCUUAUUGUGUAUACUGAUGAAGGAAUAAAUUCGGAGACCAUUAUGAAGGCACUCAAAGCAGCAUCGAAAGCUACUUCAGGGAUGUGAUCAGAUCACCAAUAUUCUACUUUAAUUGUACCCACUUAUAAAUUUUACUCGGUAAAAAGUACAACAUGGUUCCUCACAGAAUAGAUCGAAGAUUGGUUUCAGUAUCACUGAAAGUAUCAGCUGAAGUUGUAGUUGGUGUGAAGUUUUCAGGUCUUUGCAACUUGCAAGAAGGCAAAAUAAAGAUACUUGAGAAGCUACAUUUUGCAUGUCUUCUACUGUUUACAUCCAAGUAUAUUAGUGUUUCUCAUUUGCACUGGAAUACAAUGAAUUAACUGGCCUUUUUCUUGGAUGGAAUUCUAAAGAGUAUUAUCAAUGGUCUGCUGUGAUGCAAAAUGAAACAAAGAGAUUUUAGAAAGUUUUGAGUUGCAUCAACAUGUUUUGCAGCUUUUUAUGAUGUAAUAAAUCUUGAAUUGGCAACAUAGCCAUUGUUAAUUGUCACUGAAAGGUGGUUACUACCUUGACCACUUUCCAUGCUUGUAUCAGAUCAGCUAUCAGAGAUGGUUCUUCCGCCUUGUUUUGGUUUGAAAGAUGUUUGGCCUGACCCUUUUAUCGUCGGGUUGCCUAGCAGACAUGCAUUCUCUGAGAUCUCGCGUCCCGCUAUUCUCUAGUGACCCUGAGGAUCAGAAGGUUUGGAUUCCGGAAAUGAAUGGUAUCUUCUGGGUAAAAUCUUUCUGUCGCUUUCUUAAUGAUGGUGGGCUUAGGAUUUGUCUUGGAAUUAAUUUUUGAAAAUCGAUAUGUCCGGGGAAAUUAAUUUUAUUCAAUUGGUUGGCAUGGGACAAUGAAAUCUUUAUUCUUGAUAAGUUGACCAAUAGGAGAUGCAAUAGCCUUUCCACGGCCACAUGCAUACUUAGCAAUGGCACAGUGAUAACCUAUGAUAAGGUGUUCCUCGGGUGUGAAUUUGCUAUGCACAUUUGGAGCCACUUCGGUCAAAUUCUUGGGGACUAACACUUCUUGCACUCAAUUUUGGAAGCCUGGCUCUUGUGGAUAUGAUACCUAGUCUUGAACCUCAAAUUUGCUUUAAGUGGGACCUUUUUAUAUGUGCUCUUUUUUUUGGAAUAUUUAGUUGGUAAAGAAUAAACGCAUUUUUCAUUUUUGUUAA